AUGUGCGGUAUUCCACUAGGACUUUGUGGAUUUCGACGGGUGUUUGCAGAGUGCGCGGUUGUCGACAGCCGGACGAGCACGGUGAUUCCGGAGGGUGUGUCGCUGUUGGCGGCGGUACCGCUGGGGUGUGCGGGCAGGACGGCGUGGAGGGCGGUUAAGGAGGCGGGCUUGCGGCCGGGGCAGUGGUUGGGGAUUGUCGGGUCGGGUGGCGGGUUGGGACACUUGGUGGUGCAGUUUGCGACGAAGAUGGGGUUGAAGGUUGUGGGUAUCGAGGUGAAGGAUGAGGGUCUGGAGCUGACGAAGGAGAUGGGGGCGGAUGUGGUUAUUGAUGCAAGGAAGGGGAAGGAUGAAGUUGUUAGAGAGGUUGGAAAGGCCGUACUGGGGGAUGAUGGGAAGGUUUGUCUGAUGCGGAUGGAUGCUGCUGGACUGGCGUGCGCCAUUACAAAGAUGCAUGGAUUGGUGGUGCAGGUUGCUCAGCCUUUGGAGGUGAAGAUUCCGUUCAUCGAGCUGAUACUGAGGGAUGUGAGGAUCAAGGGGAGCUUGCAGUGUUCAGGGAAGGAAAGCGAGGAGCUGUUAAAGGUUUUCUCUGACCAUGAGGUCAAGGUAAAAAUGACUCCGUUCUAUGGAUUGGAUCAGGUCGAGGAGCUGGAGAAGGUGGUUUCAAGCGGAAAGCUCCAGGGAAGGGCUGCGAUUAUUAUUGACCCGCAUCAACUUCAGCACGAGAAGGAAAUGGUGAGACAUUAG